UUCUGCCAAAAUGUCCUCCCCGUGCGAAACGUGCUACCAAAAGCUAAUUUGACAGCUGAAGUAAUACCGUGCGCUUUCAUCUUAUUUUGUUUAGACUAAUACGUACUAAAAUAAUACCUUAAGAACAUACUUACACGCAGUCAUCUCAAAAGAGCGUGGUAUACAUACACUACGUGGAUAAUGUGGUCAACACUGCUUUGAAGCUGCCACAAGAAAACACAAUGCUUCAAAGCUAUCACUGAGAAAGACACGCCAAAAGUAUUUUGAGGCAAUGAAAAGGUAAAAUAAGACUCCAUAAAAACGAAAAUAGUUAGUACUCACCGCUUUUGAGAGCGCAAGCGCACUGGGCAUUGAAAGCACAAGGACACCAGUUGCCUAGCAACAAACACCUCAAAGAUGCAAUAAAUAUAUAUUAUGUUGCGCCGUGGCGGUCUAGCAGCAAAACAAAAUGGCAAAGUUUGUGUUGGCUGGAACCGAAGAAGAAGACAAAGGCGGACGGGAAGAAGCAUAUGGUUAUCCGUUUCCCGUCCCCCAUACAACUAAAGACGCACAUUCAGACAUGGCAAAACAAACUGCCCCUAUUAUGCCAAAGCGGAACUUUUGGCUGAUAGACUACAGCGUUCUUUGCCUGAUUUCCGCAUUCACAAGAUUUCAAUCCUCCCAGAUGAAUGGCAGGAUUGGCUAGAGGAAACUUGUGUAAAAAAUGGCUGGAAUCAUGAAGAGUCCCCUCUGGUGUGGAGAGAACUGGUGCACCAAGGAGGCAAAGGAGUGUUCUUAGGAGGCUUCUGUGACUUCUUAGAGCACUGUCAGAACUACUACAAUAUCACAUCAGACAUGUCUGAAGAAUUGAUGCAGAAUAUUGCAGAAGAAAACCUCGUCACUAAGCUAGACCUCAUUAUGGAGGACGAACAUCGCGCUAGCCUGGUCCAACCCCUUCACAUAUGGAUCAGUAGCGCCUUAAAUACAACGUGCAACAUGCUGCUCCCCAGUCUGCUCUCCGCUGACGUGUUGUCUCAAGCCUCUGCUAUUAGCCUCCAUCUGCUGGAUCUGGAAGGCAAUGAGGAAGAACUGCAGUCUCUGAUGAUGGAAACUGAAGACCUGGCUCUGCCUCUGCUCCAUCAGGUGACCAUUCACACGGAUCUGCGAGAAGCUUUCCAAAAAGCCGAGAUCGUCUUACUGCUGGAUGAGCGCUCAUUGGAGGGUGAUCCAGCUGAACGAGGGCAAGACCAGAAAGCCAUCAAAGCGGUGGUAGAUCUGUACACGGAAUACGGGCGGUUGAUUGGGACGAGGGCCAACAACAACGUGAAGGUCAUCGUUUCCGGCGGCUCACUUGUGAAUCUGAAAUGCUCGGUUCUACUGAAAGCGUGCUCCAUUGACAGCAGUCACUUCGUCGCCGUUGCGACUCAACUAGAGAAUCAGGCCAGAGCGGCCAUCGCCAACAAGCUCAAAGUCAGGACUUCAGGUAAGGUGACAGAUGUCAUUGUGUGGGGAGAUGUCGGAGACAGCUUCUACGUUGAUCUGCAGAGGGCAAAUGUUUUCAAUUUUGAUGGACCGACCAAAGGACCACCCUUCUUUUCUCAACCAAUACUUGAGAUUGUCUAUGAAAGGGAAUGGGUAGAGAAGGACUACCAAGAAAUUGUGCGCAGUCAGGAGGCAGCCGUCAUUUCAAAGACCGGUCAUGGGGCGGACAUGUCGACUGCCAAUGGGAUCCUCACUCUUCUAAAGGCCUGGAACGGAACCUCCGCUCCCACUCAAAUGUUCUCUGUGGGGAUCUUGUGCACAGACCUUUACGACCUUCCGACCGACGUCGUCCUUUCGGUGCCGGUGGUCUUUAAGAACGGUCGAUGGUCGGCGCUGCCCGGCCUUACAGUCGGAGACGAUCUGAAACACAAACUUGACCUUUCUGCAAGUCAACUCAGGGCCAAGAUAUCCGGUGAGGUGACCACGACGACAACUCAAGAAAACAACACGACAACUCAAGAAAACAACAAAAAUACAACUUAGUGCAUAUUUUUCCAGUUUGUUCUUUUAUUCUCUCAUUUAUUUUGGGGGUUAUCGUUCAAUUGACCUGUUGAAUAUACUGUACCUCCUUGCCUUCUUCAACUUGUUUUUUGAUAGUCUCAAGAAGUAAAAGAUCAAACCAAGAGGGGGGGAAAAACAACUUAUAAAAUGGAUUUAACAGUUUAACAAAUUCUGAGGUUAUUUUAUAAGUGCACUACCACCGAACACAAAUUAAUCUGUUAACUUCUCAAUAGUGUUUUUCAUUUACAGUUGGCAUGUAUUGAAAAGGUACCUGAAACUCUCCCACACAUUGUGCCGUCAGCUGAAAAAACAAAGUUUGACAUGCAGAAUAUUUCAUAGUAUACAAAUCCCCUUCCCUGUUUUUGUUAAAUUUUUUCUACAAUAUACACACAGAGGCUGGUAAAGUGGGAGGUUAGUACAAAUACAAUUCACGAGGAUACAUUGAGAAAUGAAUGAAUUCCACCUUUAACUCAUUCACUGCCAUAGUUUCAGUGCCGUUGACAGUGGUAAGACGUCCAACUCAAUUGGACUGGAAUAACAUAAGACGUUCCAAUAGUGUAGUGCUGUGCAAUUUGGGGAAAACAAAAUAUAUCACGAUAUGUUACAUAUGAUACAAAUGUUAAAUGCAUCAAGUAGUGCUGGAACCAAAAACUUUCC